AUGCUCCGCCUCGCCCUUACUUGCGUCGAGAUGGCCAUGAUGCUGGCGGCUCUCCCGCUUUGGCUCGUACUCCCCGGCGGCGUGUUCGCCAUGUGGCUCGGUGCUUGCGCGGCUGUGGUCUUGGCCGUGUGCUGGAUGCUCAACGGCAAGGAGCAGAUGUACCAGUGCAGUGCCGGCUCGGGCUCGGAGGGCUGGAUGAUGGGCCAGGAGGCCGAAGACGAGAAGUGGAUGUUUCUCGGUGGCAUGAGGAUGAGUUCCCGACACUGUCACAAGCACACUCUUCCAACACUGUCUCGUCUUUUCGGCCGGUCCAUGACGUGCAUAUGCAUGCCCACCUACGGGAUGCCCUUCGACACAGUCGCCAUGAUGCUGCAGCGCUGUGUUGCCCUCCCGAGCCAGGCACGCAGAAACCUCUACUCUCAGCUGCGCUGCGCCGUGCUCGACGACGCCAUGAUGCGCUGCGUCGUCCUUUGCCACCACGACGGCGCCGUCAUCGUGUCCCAGGCGGUCGCCCAGCUCUGCGCCGAUGUGCCGCUGGAGAAGCUCAGCAAGCUGGAAAUCUACACCUUCGGUGCGGCUGCCGCCGAGUUCGUGAUGCCGCUCGGAGACUCCAACAUGGAGUUGGAGCCGGGAUAUCACCAGCCCGAGGAGCAGUCAAAUGAGGAAAGGGGAAUGGGAAUCCACAUCGAGCAUUUCGCCAUGAAAGACGACCGCUUCGCCCAGAUCGGCGUGCUGCACAGCGUGCGGCGGAACAUGGAGGGCCGCUUCUGCGGCGGCGUCUUCAUCAUGAACAGGGACGGAAGCACCGGCCCGACUUCGCCGGAAUCAAGCCGCAUCGCUGUGCAAGCCCUCCACGGCUUGACAAUGGAAGAGUACCUCAUGGCUCUAUUCCCAGCUCAAAUGAAUCAUAUGUCAGCCGGCGGUGCCACUGCCGCCCCGCCGCGCAGCGUCCUGGACGGCGUCAUGACGGUUGACAAGGAUUGCGCCGAGAAGCGCGAGAUCGCCGCCAUGAGCAACUACCACUCGGCCGCGCAGGCGAAGAAGGGAGGCAAGCGAUUGAGCUGGACCGGCCUCGCGGCCAUGGCUGGGCAUAACAAGAACGGGAUGGGCGCUGGCAUGGUGGCGCUGGAGAUGGCACGCAAGGGAUGCAAGAAUUGCGAAGGCCGCAGGGGUCGCGACAUCAGCUGGCUGGCGCGCUAUGUUAGCGCCGAGGAGAGGCUGGCCGCUGAUGGUAGGCCGUCUCCGUAA